AUGAGUGCUUUGGCUGUAAAACUGGGAACUUUGCUUAUUAGACAGGUUACUCGUCCUGUAGCGAACGUGCUGAAAGCGCAAGCCAAACAACACGACAAAUUCAAGGAGAUUUGCGUAGGACUGGCCCAGAGAAUGCACCGAGUGGACGCGAGGAUGAGAACCAGGUUGAACAAAUCGGAAGCUGAAAUCAAGGUGCGGCCCUUGAACGAUGCUCGAGCGGUGGAAAACGGUGCCACACUCCUGAGUGAAGCGUUCGUAUUCGGGGUCACUGGCAGCGUGGUGGUGUGGGAAACGUUGAGACAGCGUACGAAGGAGCUUAACAGACGGGACCAGGUGGCCCGAGACAUCACUUUUUUGCAAGAUGAGAUCGAAGAGCUAAGAGCUGCACUGACCAGCAACAGCAUCGAGAGUUCCCAGAAAUAA